UGAGUUAUAGUUAUUAAAGUUAUUAUUAAAAGCCGUUCAUGUCGUCAUGAAAUCAUAAAAAUAUUCAACAAAUCAUAAAUAACUAUAAUGGCUCUGUCAUUCCUUCCCUCUUCGAUUUGCAAGGAUGACGCGUUUAGUGGUCGUAGGAGCGGAGUGGCGAUCGAGAUGUGGUCGAAAAAGAGGAGAUAAGUAGUAAACAGCAGUUUUGGUCGGACAGGAAUAGCGCGACGGCGCGACGCUUCGGCGCAACUGGACGAAUGAGUGUGAGAGGGAGGUAGAAUGAGAGUGAGAGAGAGAGAGAGAGAGGGAGAGAGAGAGAGAGAGAGAAAGAAUAAAAGAGAAAGAGAGAGAAAGAGAGAGAGAGAGAGAGUGGAUGCAUAUGUGUUUGUGUGAGUAAGCAAAAGAUAGAAUGAGUGCAUAUAUGUGUGCUUGGAGAGUAAGAGAGAAAGAGAAAGAGAUAGAAAGAAAGAGAGAGAGAAAGAGAAAGAGAGAGAGAGAGAGAGAGAGUGAGUAAGUGGAAGAGAGAUGAGAGUAGGGCGGCGGGUUGAAUCGAGGUUGCUAUCGGGCAGCACAGUGAGUCGCGCGAUCCGUUCAUUCGGGCUCGCACGGCUCGCAUCGUCGCAGCUCGGGUACGUGCUGCUGCUGCUACUACUACUACUGCUGUUGCUGUUGUUGCUGACGUUGCUGACGCUGCCGAAACUGUCGCUGCCACUGGCGCCGUUGCUACUCUUCUUCAAAGAGCUUCUUUACCGAAGCACUACAUCUCAUUCUGCUCUGUCUUAUUGCCUUCUUCUUUUACUUUUUUUUUUGUUUUUUUUUUUGUUUUUUUGUUUUUUUUUGUUUCUUUUUUACCUUUACCUCACUCCUUUUUCUUAUGUUUUUAUUUUCAUUUCUCUUUCCCUAUUGCGCGUUAUUCAGGAAACGAAAUUUUUCAAUAUGACGAUCAGAAGGCUGCCGUUCAAAAUACUUUUCUUCACGCAUGGACGAGUGUUCUCCAUUUAGAAAAGUGAACGGACAGUACUUGAAAAGUACAAUUAAAACAUUCGUUCGAACCCGUAUCGUUCUUGAUAGUUCUUUCGAAUAAUGUGGUGUUCAUGUUUAACACCUGGACGAGGAGUUUGAAUGAUCGAAAAGUGUAUAACAACAUUUGGAAAUUUCAUCGAUAAUAUUGAAAGUCGAUUAGUUGGUGUUUGUUCGAUGUGAUACGAUAUAUAUAUAUAUAUAUAUAUAAUUCAUGUUGAUAUACGCAAGGACGAGUGUUCUUUAAAUUCCAAAGUGACUUUAAUAAUUCAAAUUAACAAAUUAUCUGCUUGGUUUCUCUCUUGUUUCUUUCUUCUUCUUCUUCUUCUUCUUCUUCUUCAUUUUCAUCUUUUUUUUUUUCUAAUAUGAAUCAUCAAGUGCGGUACACUUUUGGAUAAACUCGAAGAGAUCUGUUUAGUUCGUUUUCCCGCUCAGAGACGGGAGACGUGCAUCGAAGAGGUUAACGAAGAAACGACAGCCAGCGAUACACUUUGUGCGGUGUGUGAGUGUGCGUAUUUGUAUCUGUAUGUGUGUGUGUGUGUGCGCGCGCGCUACUAUCUGAUCCUAGCUUUGCUCACAGUGUCUUAUUAGUGCACUUCCUUCCCACUUUCUCUCUCUCUCUUUCUCUGUUUCUGUUUCUGUUCUGUCUCUCUCUCCCUCUCUCUCUCUCUCUCUCUCUCUCUCUUUUCCUCGCUCUCUCUUUCAACGGUAUCAUUCGGAUUUUCAGUGAUGUAGCUGUGUUAUUCGUCGGGUGUUUACAACUACUCAAAUUUCAUGAAGUACAAGUUCGCGAUAUGAAUUAUUUUUGAACAUUUUUCCCUAUUAAUAAACUUUCAUCCGAUUAAUGUGUUUAUUUCCGGUCAAAGGUUUUAACGAAGAUUAAAUUUUUUAAUUGGAGGAUGGACGUAGAAAUGAUCGGCGCACGUUGGUUCUCGUUGUUGAUAAUAACGUUGAUUAUUCAUUGAUAAUAUUGUACGAUAACGUUUGAAAUUCGCGGGAUGAUUCGCGGUUUCGUUAUUAUCCCAAAUAUAGAAAAUUCAACGACGAGCUAUUGGGAUAUUUAUGUUAACGUUGUUUGCAUUCCUAUCGGUGUACCGUGUCCUCCGUGUGUGUGUGCGGUGUGAUCGGUGUGACGGGGCACGUGGCCAGUAUGACUCUCAAAGGUCACAUUAUCGUUAGCGAUAUUUAGACCGUUGGAUCUAAUGGGCCGACGUUUAACAGGCUAUAGCCAGUUAACGUGCGUCCAUUUAAUAAACACACUCAGUUCGUAUGCGUCUGUUCCACAACACGGUAUCGGGUUACUACGGUGUUCAUCCCUUUCAACCUCGUCGUUGCGAAGUUCGUCGUUGAUCAUUCCCGCAUACGGUACCACCAUCCAUUCGUUGCUCAUUCGUUUCUGUCUCCAUCGGUCUUCCGUGGAAGUGCCGUGAAAUACGAAGAAGCAUGAACUCGAGCAGAAUGUUCACUUCUCUGGGACCAACUAAUUCGCAUCCCGCCAUUGAUGAUUACAGCGAGUUAGUGGAUUUAAGAGGUCGACUGUGCGACGGAUAUUUUGGAUUAAAAUUAAAAGGGUUUCUCACGGAGACAGUGUACGUAUGUGCAGUGCCAGAUGUUAGUUAAGUGAUAUUUGUGCCGAGAGAUAGAGAGAAAUAAACACACACACACACACACACAUACAUACAUACACAUACAUACAUAUUAUAUAUAUAUAUAUAUAUACACUCAAUACACAUAGAACAACGUGUAUACAGUAUCAGUGUGUCGAGGACAGUCGGAUCUUCCUCGUAAUUUCCGUGUCCCUGGUCAGCCCUAAUCUGGUUUCGGCGUUAUUUGCUAAAGGGGGAAUGAAGGACAAUACGUAGGGACUGGCCCUUCUCGUUUUGGAGAUGUGCCGCUAUCUACUGCACACCACCCUCGCCCUCCCCCUCGUACUCUUGGCGAUUCAUACGAUCACCGUUGUACGAGCUGGCGAACAAGAGAGGGAAGUCUGGUAUGAAGGCGCUAGACGUGCGAUCGAGGCACGAAUCCGUGCGGCUACAAGCUCAAACGGAGCAGGAACAGGAGGAGGAGGAGGAGGUGCACGCGGGGUCGUCCUUUUCGUUGGCGACGGCAUGAGCAUGAGCACGCUUACUGCUGCGAGAAUACUCUCGGGUCAACGUCAUGGAAAUACAGGGGAGGAAGCUCAACUCGCAUGGGACAGCUUUCCAGCGGUGGCACUCUCUCGCACUUACAACAUGGAUGCGCAAGUUGGGGAAUCAUCAGCGUGCGCGACAGCAUUGCUUUGUGGCGUUAAAGCGAAUUAUGAAACGGUGGGUUUGGAUUCUUCAGCUCGUUUCGAAAAUUGUUACUCGAGUUUCGACGCGCGCGUCCCAUCACUCAUAAAUUGGGCACAGGGCCAAGGCAAAUCUACGGGCUUGGUUACAACCACAAGAGUCACGCAUGCAACACCAGCAGCCCUUUACGCUCAUGCAGCAAGUCGUUAUUGGGAAGAUGAUGGCAAAGUUCCACCUGCGUCUCGUCCUUCCUGCAAAGAUAUCGCUCGACAACUUCUUGAAGAUGAGCCCGGACGUAAUAUCAACGUAAUACUUGGCGGUGGGAGACGUCAUUUUGUACCCAAAGUGACCUUGGACCCGGAAGAACCGGACAAAGAGGGUAGACGAUUAGACGGUAGAAAUCUAAUUGAGGAAUGGUCACGGAACAAUCGCAUGCGGAAAGUUUCCGCGAGAUACGUCUCCAAUAAGGAACAAUUUGAGAGCGUUGACGUUCGAAAAGUUAAUUACUUAUUAGGACUAUUCGCUUAUUCUCACAUGGAUUUUGACGUGGAUCGCAACACAACUGGUACCGGGGAUCCUUCUCUAACAGAGAUGACAUUGAAGGCAUUGCAUAUUCUCGCAAAGAAUCCGGAAGGAUACUUUCUCUUUGUAGAGGGCGGUAGAAUUGACCAUGCUCAUCAUUACAACAACGCUUAUCGCGCUCUAGACGAAACAUUAGCAUUAGAAGAAGCAGUUCGAGCGGUUGUAAAUGAGGUUGACCUUACGGAAACUCUCAUCGUCGUGACGGCCGAUCAUUCUCAUGUCUUAACUCUUGGUGGUUUAGCAACGCAUCGUGGCAAUCCUAUACUCGGCUCUGACAGCAAGGUGUCGGAUGUUGAUGGACAACCCUACACGACGCUGCUUUACAGCAAUGGUCCCGGAUACACGCAUCCACGGAAUAUUUUACGUGACGCCAGCAAGGAUUCCAUACAGACAGCAGGGGUUCCACGUGCCUGGGCUACACACGGUGGCGAAGACGUCCCAGUGUUUGCGAUUGGUCCACUAGCCAGCAUUCUCUUCUCCGGUAGCAUCGACCAAAGUUACAUACCACAUGCGAUCUCGUACGCUGCCUGCUUAGGCCAUCAGGCGAGUCGUUGCUCACGAGACGAUAGUAGUAGUAGCAUCGGUAGCAACGACACGAUGAACGCACCGAUAAGCUGUCCUUCGGCGGAACCGAACAGUGCAGCGAUAUCGAGCGACGUGAUGAACGAUCAGGCACGAAAUCCUAGCACGAAAUCCGUCGCUUCCCAACCACCUAGCAAACCCCGACAACCCCUCGACGAUCUUCUCUUUGCACUCCUCUUACCCUGCCUCGUUGCGAGCCUCCAACAAGUUUUCCACCUACCCCUUUCCAUCGACUAGCCUGGCUUCUGCCGCUAUUCGCUUUAUACCCUUCUACUACCACCACCAGCAACAUUAUCAUUAUUACCACCACCAUCACCAUCACCAUCACCAACACCAUUACCAUUACCACCACCAUUACCAUCACCCUGAUAUCCUACCUGCCUGCCUGCCUGCCUGCCUGCCUACCUACCUACCUAACUACCUACCUACCUACUUUCCUGCUUGCCUCUCUGUCCGCCUACUUGCCUCCUGGCUCUCUUUUAACCCUAACAGGCUUUCAUGUCCCGUUGGACGAACAAGAGCAGCCUCGAUCUAGCCUGCGUAUAAUCUCCUUUGAUCGUGCCCAUUCCAAGAGACACUACUACUACUACCUACUGACCACGAGAGCGUGACUCUUCAAGAGGGGUGAAAGCCACAGAGAAGGGAGAAAACUGAUAAAUAACUAUAUCGAGUUCAUCGAACUUCGUCUCCGGUUCUUACCUUACGGUGUUCAUUUUCUUCGUUGGAAGGACCGCUCGAUCAUGGGGAAAACGAAGACGCUGAUGUAAAUUUCAAGGUUUCGUUAGAAAAAUUUUAUUUAAUAGAGUUAAUUAUCUCUCUCCUCGUUAAGGAUGAGAACAUUUUGUGUAUAAUAAUAAUAAUAAUAACAACAAUAAUAAGAAUAAUAAUAAUAAUAAUAAUAAUAAUAAUAAUAAUAAUAAUAAUAAUAAUAAUAAUAAUAAUAAUAAUAAUAGAUAGGUAAGGAAAAGGGAUUUGGAUUGUUUUGCGAACGUUUGCUCGUUAAAAGGGGAAUGUAAUUGAAAUAUCUAUGUAUUGCGAUCAGUUCUGGAUAGAUUUUUAUAAAUCGAGUGAUACUGUGCAAAGUAUUGUUAACCCUUAAAUGCAUAAGAUUACAGAAUGACAACAUAUUAAUAUUUAAUAGAAUUUAAUGGACCAUGUAACGUAUCUAUGCAUUGCAAUUUUAUCUUUUUUUCUUAUUUCUUUUUUCUUUCUUUUCUGAUUUUUUUUUGUUUUUUUUUUCUUUUGUUUUUUUUUCUUUUAAUUAAAUUUUACAAAAAUAAAUAACGACAAUGUAAUAUCUCAAUUAUAUUCAUUAUCACGUUUACUCGAUAGCUGAAAUAAUAAUUUGAUCAAUAAAAAUCUCUAUAAAAAUAAAUCGUGCAUUAAAGGGUUAAGAUGAAUUUUUGUCAACUUUUAAUAAUCUCGUGUGUGGUACAAGAAAAAGAAGAAGAAAAAGAGAAAAAAAAAAAAGUAGAAAAGAAAAAAAACGAAAAAAUAAAAAAUCAAUGAGGAUCACGAGAGAUCUAUCCAGAGUUAGCAGUCAAUAAUCACGAAUCUACAUAUAGAUCUUCGUGAUUUCGUGUAUCUUUUAAAUUCGAAGGACAACGAGAACGUACGGAGAGUAAGUACAGUGUAAAGGCUAAGAAUAAGUUGUAAUCGAUGUAUAGAUGAAAAAAAAAAAAAAAAAGAAACGUAAAGAAACAAAAUAUCGAAAACAGGGUCGAAUAAGAAGAAGAAGGAGAAGAAAAAACAAAGAAGAAGAAGAAGAAGAAGAAGAAGAAGAAGAAGAAGAAGAAGAAGAAGAAGGAGAAGGAGAUUGAUGUAAAAAAUAGCUGGCAAAUAACGGAGAACGAAUCUCUUGGAUUCAUGGCGUUUAGCUAAAAUCCGCAUUGCCGAUACUCGAAAUCAAAUUUAUGAGCAUCCAAAGCUCGUCGUAAGCAUAAACUGAAUCAUUAUUAACGAUCCCAAAGAUUUCCUACUCAUUUUCUUCCAACAUUUGUUGAUGUUACGAUACAUGCAUCGUCGAAUCGAGUUACCUCAUUAGCAUAAACUCGAAAGUUAUGAUACACAUGUGUCUAUAUAUAUAUAUAUAUAUAUACAGAUAUAGAGCGUAAUAUAUAUAUUACAUAUAUAUAAUACACUAGUAUAUAUAUAUAUAUAUAUAUAUACUCUCAAAGAGUUACCCUUCUUUCUUUGAUUUUUUCAACUAUUAUGUUCUUUAAUUGAUAAACAUAACACAAAAAAAUUUAUUUAUUUAUUUUUUAUUUAUUUAUAUAUUUUAAAUAUGUAUAUAUAUAUAUAUAUAUAUAUUCGACGUAUUAUCAUUCUAUCUUUAACAACAU